AUGGACCACGAGUCUGGAAGGAUAGUUGUCGUAGGAAGCUGGGUCCACGACCCCCUUGACGAGGCCAACAAAUCAUCUGGUGCGUACGAUGACCCAAAAUGGAAGACGAUCUUUGCAGAUAGCACCAGCGAGACCGUUGACUCCGUUAUUCGAGGCGAUUGGAGCCCACCAGGCGACCCGUCCAAGGACCGAUUGGGGUUCGCUGCAAUCCGACGCUAUGGAGCGUCAAAGCUAUGCCUUGCUAUGAUGAUCGUCGAGCUCCAACGCCGGCUGGACGCAGACCCGGACCUGAGCGGAAUCUCGGUCCUGGGUGUGGACCCGGGCCUGAUGCCGACCAAGAUCACCACGGGCGGCCUCGGGUUCUUGGUAGGCUCGAUUUACACGCUUGUGAUGCACGUUUCGGGUCGUGUCUGGCCCAACGGCGCGCUGCGCCUGAAACACAAGUCAGCAGGUGAUGUCCUCGCAACUGCUCUAGAGACAGGCCCGCCCUUUGGGAAGCGGCCCAAGGGCUUGUAUAUGAAUGGGUCUGAGCCCAAGGAGGUGGGUAUUGAGGCACAGGAUGAGAAGAAGCGAGGCAGUGUGUGGAAGGCGAGUAUAAAGUACGCUGAGCUGAAGGAAGGGCAGACUUACGACCCAAAAGACUAA